AUCCUCCUUGCCUCGGCUCUCAUCUUCCUCCUAUUCUCCUUCUUCUCCUCCGGCGACGAAUAUCCCACCCGCCGCCGCCUCCUCUCUUCUCCGUCAAUCCCUCCUCCGCUGUCUUGCUCUGCCAUCCUUCGCAUUCCUCCGGAUGAGCGCUGCGCUUUCUCGCGAUCCCACUGCUCCCCUUCCGGUGGCCUCGUCAAUUACUCCUCCCUCCACUUUUGCCUUCUCCAUUCCUCUCGGUUCCUCUCCUUCCCCUCCAUCUCUCUCCUCCUCUUGCUUCUCUUCUACCUCCUCGCCCGAGCCGCAUCGGAUCGCUUCUCUCCGGCUGUUUCCCUCCUCUACUCUCGUCUCGGCCUCUCUCCCUCAAUGGCCGCUGUCACUCUUCUCGCCCUCGGCAAUGGCGCCCCUGACCUCUUCGCCUCGAUUGCCGCCCUCCACACAGGCCAGGCGCGGACCGGCCUUGGGGCUGUAGUAUCGGCCGGUGCCUUUGUCUCAGCGUUCGUCGUCGGUGCCGUAGCUGCUCUCUCCCCCACUUCUCCCUUACCCCUUGAGCCAGCGCCGUUCAUCCGCGACGUCUUUUUCUACAUUCUUGCCGCCUCCGGUAUGUUCUACAUCUAUCUCAGCGCUGAGAUCUUCCUAUGGCAGGCCGUGGGAUUGAUUGUGUUCUACGUUUUCUUUGUUGGCCUUGUCUUCUGGAUGGAUUCCAACUUCAAAAGAAGGGAAGUGAUGGUGGACGAGAUGAUUAAGUUGCCAGAGUGGGAAUUGGCGAAAGCCGCUGAAAAUGCUGAGGCAUGCAAACCUAAUGGGCCUGGCUGGGGAUUAUAUCAACUAUUUGGGUUGGUAAGUGUAGCGUAAUACUUUAUUUUUC